AUUAAUAAAACGCAUAAAAAUAUUUAAUUAAAGUCCAUAGUCUGAUCCAAACAAACACUAUCCCUGGCAGUACCAAUCCAUCUCUUUCCUCUCUGGCCCAUGACGACGUCGUCCGGUUCCGUGAAGAACGCGAUGCCCCCAGGCCUCCAAGAACCCAACAUCAAUGCCGAACCCUCUUCCUCCGCCGACGAUUGCUCCAACUCCAACACGAAGCCCAUCGUGUUGGUCACCAACAGUGACGGCAUUGAGUCUCCGGGCCUCGUUCACCUCGUCGAAGCCCUCGUGCUCCAGGGCCUCUGCGACGUCCAUGUCUGCGUUCCUCAAUCGGACAAAUCGGCUUCGGCCCACUCUGUCACUCGCGGAGAAACCGUUGAAGCUUUUUCGGCACAAAUUAAUGGCGCCACCGCCUUUGAAGUUUCAGGAACUCCUGUGGAUUGUGUUUCACUAGCGUUAUCUGGGGCCUUGUUUUCAUGGUCAAAACCUAUGCUGGUUAUUAGUGGAAUUAACCGGGGAUCAAGCUGUGGUCAUCACAUGUUCUACUCAGGUGUUGUUGCUGGAGCAAGAGAGGCGUUGUUAUGUGGUGUACCUUCAUUGUCAAUAUCAUUAAAUUGGAAGAAGGAUGAAAGUCAAGAGACUGAUUUCAAGGAUGCAGUAGUACUCUGUUUACCUUUAAUAAUUGCUGCUAUCAGGGAUGUUGUAAACGGAACUUUCACCAAAAGUUGCUUUCUGAAUAUAGAAAUUCCUACAUCGCCUUUAACCUGUAAGGGCUUCAAAUUAACCAAGCAAAGUAUGUGGAGAUCCACUCUAAACUGGCAGGCAGUUUCAACUAGCCGGUAUCCUCCUGGUCAUUUCUUGGCCAGUAAACAAGGCUUUGGUCUUCAGUUUGCACAGAUUGGCCGAGAUGCCUCUGCUGCUGGUGCAGCUCGCAGAUUAACUACACAGAAAAAGAAUUUGGAGAUUGUUGAAUCAAUUGGAGCUGCUGGAAAACCUGAUUCCAACAGGGUGAAGAAGUACUUCAGGCUAGAGUUUUCGGAGAAGCAGCUGGAAGAUAUAGAUGACGAUCUAGAUUACAGGGCACUUGAAAGUGGAUUUGUUGCAGUUACUCCUCUCUCUCUAUCUCCUCAUACUGAGACCAAUAUUCAAAUGGCAGCUUCUGAUUGGAUUUCAUCUGUGUUUCCUGGUGAACAAUAGCCUCAAACAGAGUUCAGCUUCAGCGUGAUUAUGUACAUUUGAGAUUUCUGAUUCUUUUCUAUUUUCUUCUUGAAAGCAAAGGUGGAGCAGAAGCGUCUGUCACACCCAUUCUAUAGUUGAUAUCAUCAAUCUGUACUCUAUGUUUGUAUGUGUGUGUAAGAUAUUUUGUAUUCCCCUCUUCAUUGUUUCAUUUCUUUUGGUCGCUAGUUAUUUCUGAUGUUAUUUGCUUCCUGUAAUCUCCUAGGCAUAUUUUAAAAAUGCCAUUUCGUCUGUUUUGUAACUUACAAAACUAGGUGCACGUGCCAUUGUAAUCAAAUUGUUGUUUAUGGAUUUCAACCUUUCAAAAUAUCUUUUUUAAUG